AUGUUAAAUUAUUCAUCUAUUAUUUUUAUCAGUAUUUACUUAUUAUUACUAAUUAAAUGUCAUACAGUUCAAUCACGAAAAUUAAAAAGCGAUAAAGAACACUGUACUGCAAAUCGUUCGCAUACUCAUUUUCAAGUGUGUCAUUUACAUGAGAUACCAAAUUAUUCUGAUCUAAUAUGGUUUACUAUUGAAAGUUCUUUACAAGAUACAUUUGAUUCAUAUCGUUUUAUUUUACGACCAAUCGAGGAUAUAUUAAUAUCCGAUGUUAACAUUGAAAUAUUAACUAAUUUUACACAACUUAUUGAUUUUAAUAAUAGUUUACGUAUAUAUAAUCUUGAUAAAGGUCUAUAUGAAGUUUGUGUCGAAUUUCAAUCGAAUAUAACAACGACAUUUAUUUAUAAGCCACGUGAUGGUUGUAUAUCUCUUCGAGUAGGCUCAUCAUUACAUGAAUCAUUUAAACAAAGUUCAACACCAUUACUUAUUGCAUUAGCUAGUGGUAUUGUACUUUUUUUUAUUCUUGGUCUAGUUGUUCAAAGAGUAAAAGCUAAACGUGCUAAACAAGAUCAAAAUGAUACUACACAACGUUCACGUUCAUCAACUAUACUAUCAACAAUAUCUUUAAAGCAACAACGUGAUCGUCUUGUACGAAAUUUAUUUCAUCAUCAUUUUGAGCAACCACGAGUAUCACGAAUGCGUCAAUGGGCACGUAGUCGAGCAUUUCGACAUCGUAUUUCAAUACAAGAACAAGAGCCUGAACGACCAACAUUCUUACGACGAUGGAGUAAAAAUCUUUUAACAUCAAUAGAUCAAUUAUCACAACCACGUUCUCGUACAGAAACAAUGUCUCAUGAAAGAAUUGCAUCAUCAGAUCCAUGUUUAACUACAGAUCAUAUUUAUACUAUACCAAACAACGAACAGCAUCAAAUGCCACCUAGAAAAAUUUCAUUCCACUUAUCACCACCAGAAGAAUAUGAAAUGGUAUAA